AACUUUCAAAACACUGUGUGUGUAUAUUAUAUAUAUAUAUAAAAUCUUAUCAAACAAUUUUCAGUGAAAAAAUUAUUGAAUAUAUCUUUAACAAGUUUCAUUGCUUUCAUUUCAUUACAUUUAAAUUCUUGUAAAAAUACAAAUUAGCUUUUAUUUUCUUUCUUUUUUCUCUUUGAUAUAUCAAUAAUUUAACUUACAUUAGCACGAUUUACGUAUGUCUCUACCUAAACGUUAUUCGACAUUAACAAUUAUCUAUUUGGCCAAACAUUUUUUUUUUUUUUUUUUUUUAAACGUGUGAUAACAUCAAAGAAAAUAAAAACACAGCGCCAAUAAUUCUCACUCACGUUUACUGUGUUUCUCUGGAACGACGCCACUGUGUUUUCAUUAGAAAAUGCAUUGCCCGUAAUUGACAAGCAGCGCGCAGUGUGACGUUACGUCGUUCGCUUUCUGUAACCUCAAAUUUUAAUGAACCACGCAAAGACGCAAAUGACAUCUUCCUUGUAGUGACACAACGUACACUUAAAUUGCACAUACUUUUUCAUUGUAUAAAAGGAUAUUACGUGCGUAUACUCACUCAAACACGUUUACGUUAUAAUAUUUUUCAAGUGGUCAAAUAAUAUCCGUUGUACGGUCUUCCUGUGUCGUUUGUUCUUCCGGAUGAAAGAGACGAAAGAGAAUUUAUUAAGAGAUAAUAUUAGACUUUUCCAAUGGAUAAAAUUUUGCAAAUGGAUGCAAAAUAAAUUUGAAUCUGUUAUAAUGAAUCAACUAAGGGAAUAUCGAUCAGUUUAUUAAAUUUUAUAUGUAAACAAGUGGAUGCCCAUUUAAUAAUCUCAAAAAUGCAGCAGUGCUGUGUAAGCCACCAAGUUCAAUUAUGGCUUUUAUUAUUACUACUUUGUGUCGCAUAUUGUGGUGCAGACAUUUUAGUAUUCUCAGCAGGUACCAGAUAUCAGGUAGAUGAUGAAUUUAGAGAUAUGCCAGCAAGAUUUGGUGGCUUUAUACCAUCUGAAGGGAUUAAGGGCAUGGUUGUUUAUGCUGAUCCUCCUAAUGCUUGUCAUGAAAUAAGUGGCCCUCCAAAUGAUACAAGUUAUGAAGGGAGUUGGAUAGCUUUAAUUGCUCGGUAUGAGUGUAAGUUUGAAAUUAAAGUGCGAAUGGCACAAAAGGCUGGUUAUGAUGCUGCUAUUAUACAUAAUGUGAACAGCGAUGAGUUAGAACCAAUGUCAGCCGAAAAUCCAUUAGGAAUAAAAAUACCAUCUGUUUUUGUUAGUGAACGAACAGGAUUAAUUAUAAAAAAAAAUUAUUUGUAUGAUCAAUUAUAUUUUGUAUUGAUUAAUGACGAUCUACCAUUUAAUAUUAAUACACAUUUGCUUUUGCCAUUUGCAAUUGUUGUCGGAAUAUGUUUUUUAGUCAUGGUUAUUUUUAUGAUUGUCAGAUGUAUUAAGGACAGAAGAAGGCAACGUAGACAUAGAUUACCAUAUUCAAGUUUAAAAAAAAUGCCAACUCAUAAAUAUACAAAAGGUGAUCCUUAUGAAACAUGUGCUAUUUGUCUAGAUGAUUAUAUGGAAGGAGAAAAAUUAAGGGUAUUGCCUUGUGCCCAUGCUUACCAUAGCAAAUGUAUUGAUCCUUGGUUGACAAAAAAUCGUAGAGUAUGUCCAGUCUGUAAACGAAAGGUUUUUGCAGCAGACGAACAAGUUAUUACAGAUGAAAGUGAUUCAGAUGCUGAUGACUCAACUCCUUUGAUACGGGAUGGCUAUCAAGGUACUCAAGGGGGAACUUUCAUACGUCAAAGAGAAAAUCCUUUUAAUAGAUCUAGGAGAACGCAAAAUAGGCAGGAUAUGAAUAAUUCUAGUAGUGGCUCAGAUUCUGAGCCAUUUUCAACAACAUCUGAUGAUGAUGGUAGUAUAAGUACUGGGGAGCCUUCUGGUGGAAUAGUUUUCAUGGUUUCUGACUCACAUAGCAUUAAUGGCGAGUUGCAAGAUUUAGAACGAUCUGUAAGCAGUACGAAACCACAUACGGUUAACUUAUACACAGAAACACAAGAAUUUCCUGUUCCUGUUGUACAAAUCACACCAAUCCGACAAACAAGGAUUUUAGUGAAUUCAACAACUUUAAAUCCUGAUCACCUUGCCAUAGCUGCAGACAAUAGAAGUGCAAGUACAACUUCUAUUGAUUCUGAAAGAAAUGACGUUGCAGCAUAAUAAUUAAUUGAAAAAUUAGAUCCACUAUCUUUGGCCAUCUUAAAAAUUACUGACAUGAAAUAUUAGCAAGUUUGCUACAGGAUAUGGAAAAUAAUAAUUUGCUAAAGAUAUUUUUUGAUAUGUUAUUUUACCUCAAGGGACUGUAACAUCAAAUAUAUUUUUCUGCAGAUUUUUUCUGUAUUCUGUUAUAAGAGGUGAUACACAAAUUGCUUAUACUGAUAUAUUUUUGCUUACAUUGAUAUAUAUCUAUCUUGUUAUAACUUAUAACUUAUUAUAUAUAAAAUCAAAUAUAUUAUUAGGAUUUUUUAAUUAUGUUGUAGAAAUCAUCACGUGACAUUUAGUUUAAUUGGAAGGAUUAUUGAUUUCACAAAGUAUCAUUAAUUAAUUAAUUAAUUAUAAUCAGUUAAAAUAUUAGUAUUGGAUAUAUGUAGUAAUACUGAAAAUGUGAUAUAAACCGAAUAUGAUAUAUCCUGUUAAUGUUAUGCUUUGCACUGAUUAGGAAAUAUGGGAAUAUCGUCUUGUAUAGUACCUAUUACUUUAUAAUUGUUUAGAUCUAUUUAAACAUACAUAUUCAUAAUGAUUUUAAUUAAACUUUCCAUUUUACUUUACUUGCAGAAGGAUAAACAAAAGAGCAUUACUUUUCUUGCUUUAUAUAUUAGUUGGUUUUAAGAGAUCUUUGAAUACUUUUAUUCAUUGCAUUAUUACGACUACGGAAAUGGACAAAAAAGAAUAAAUUAACGUAUAUAUUAGAAUAGUGUAUAUUUAGUAUUUCUAAAAAUCAUUUUUAUAGAAGUUAUCAUAUAUAUAUGUAUACAUCAAAAAAUUCCAUUGAAACAAUCUAAAGUGGGCAAAAUAUUUCUUAAAAUUCUUUUUUAUAAUCAAAUAAAAUAAACAUCAUACAUGUGUAUAUACAAGUUAAAGAACUAAAGAUUAAAGUACAUCUUUCUUUGGAUUGAUAAUGUAACAAAAAUAUAAUUAAUAAUUUUUUUUUAUUUUAUAAUAAAAUAUAUUAAUAUAGUAUUAUACCAUAUAAUAUAAUAUACUCUGUGUACUUAUAUUUUUUACAUAUUUUAAUAUGCAUAAAGAAUUUGUAUUUUUUUUUUUUUUUUUUUUUUAUAUAAGUACAUUUAAUAUGCUUAUAAUCGUAGAACAAUAUAUUAAAUCGUGAUUAAACAGAAAAAAGUAAUUUUUAUUUGCUUGUUUUCAAUCGAAAGAUAGAUGUAACUUGUACUAGUUCGAUAACGAAUCGAUAGUAUAUGAACAAAAAUUACAUGUCUCUUUUCUAUAAUUUUUAUUCAAAAAAGUAGUAUGCCCCCUCAGGAAUAUUGCAGAGUCUAAACAGUUUAGACGGAAUAGUAUCAGAUUUUGCAGAAAUGUGUGUUAUCUUUUUGUAUAGUUAUCAAAAAAAACAACCAGAACGUCUUCAAUGUACAAAUAUAUAUAUAUAUAUAUAUAUAUAUAUAUAUAUAUAUAUAUAUAUAUAUAUAUAUGUAUAUAUAUAUAUACACAUAUAAAAAUAUAUACAAUCAUUUAUCCAACAUUGUUCGACGAUCACUGGUGAUAUUGUAAAAUGACGAAUGCAACUGACGAUAAAAUCUAUAUAUUACAAAUUUGUAAAUAUUACCUGUUUAAAUGUAAAAAUUUAAAGACCAAAAAAUAUAAUAAUUCCUUUUUUCA